AUGGCAACUGUCGACUCGAACACCCGGACUGUGCAGCUCUUCACGGAUCGAGACUCGGACUUCUCAGAACCAAAAAGCCCCAAAAGCCCUUCCGUGUCUCUCUCUACCUCCAGGAACAAGUCCCUCAGGACCUGGGGCCUCCAGAGGGUUGACUCGAGAGGGCGUAUUGACCCAAGCGAGCUUCAGGUGAAGAUGGUCAAGGUGUGGCACGGCUUACGGAGGAACAAACAUGCUGGAUCUAUUGUUAUGAUAGACUUCUGGUUCGAACAACCACAGCGUUCAAAGCGCAUCUCGGCCGCUGCUAUCAAUGUGACUUUCCACGCCAAGUCUGGUACUACGUCGGAGAAUCUUGAUGUAUCGACAAUUAAAAAUGGCUCAUCUCUUAGUGGCGAUCGGAAACACUCAUCUCCAACGCCACCUGCCAUUAUUGCUCUUGCCCCAGAAGGAUACGUCGGUCUCUCGAACAAAUCCACGACGAAAACGCUGGCCGGCUCUAUCAACGUAGGCGCCGCUGUCGGUCCCCUCAGCGCAACGACCGAGUGGGUCCAGGAAAGCGGCAAAGUCUCGGCAGGCAAGGCAACAAUAUCGGGUGCAGCGCGUGCGCGCAACUUCCACUCUGAUGAGGGCCACAAAGACACGGCGAGGUGGACGUUGACCGAGGAUGAGUUCAAUAAAACCGGUAUCCCGUGUUAUGUACAGACAGCCAUCCUCAUCGAACGGGCAGAACAGGAUGCCGACAUUGUGGCAACGGUCGACGCGUCGGUCACGCUUUCGGAAGGCGAGUUGCCAGACCCCUCCCGCUCAAAAUCCUUCCGCUCGAAAUCCUUCCGCUCAGAAUCCUCCCGCCAACGACUUUUUGGUAAUCUCCCUGCGUCCGAGGCCUUCGUCUUUCGCCCUGGUGAUAAACCAAAGGAGGGGUCUGGGUCGGUUGACGCCCAGACCAACGUGGAGGACUUGGAUGCUUGUUGGGAGGAGGCCGUGGAGUUGACACGGACGGGGGGUAUACAUAUGCUGGCGCCUGAACCACCCAGAUUCACGACAGCAGCUUGA